UGGGAGCAAACCUUAUUUUCGAUGAUUGAACAAAGUGGCUCAAUUGCUGUGGAUACAUUUUUCUUUCUCAGUGGAUUGCUCGUAAUUAUGGUGGCUUUUAGGGAGUUGGCGAAAAACACUGGUAAACUUAAUGUACCAAUGAUGUACAUUCAUCGUUAUUUGCGCCUAACACCGGUUCUAGCAGUGGCCAUUUUGUUUUACAUGUCAUUAUUUAAUUAUAUUGGCAAUGGACCCAUUUGGAAGAGCUUUACGGUUGCUAAUAAAAUUUGUGAUAAAACUUGGUGGGAAACAUUAUUUUAUGUGCAAAAUUAUGCAGCUGCUGGCGAAAUGUGCCUUGGUCAUGCCUGGUAUUUGGCAGUGGAUAUGCAAUUAUUUUUUUUAUCGCCCAUAUUUUUGAUUGUAAUCUGGAAAUGGAGCAAAUUUGGCAUAGCUGCAACUAUAACUUUCGGCUUACUGCUGGUUGCUUGUCUAUUUGCAAUUGUUAUGAUAAAUCAGUACACAAUUUAUGACAUUGCACGAAACUAUGGUGCUGCGAGUGAGGCAAUGCCAAAAAUUUACUAUUCAACACACACCAGAUGCUCGGCGUGGAUAGUGGGACUAAUUUUUGGUUACUACUUGCAUCGCAACAAUGGAAAUGUUGCUAAAUUACCAAACUGGUUAGUCGCCGUUAGUUGGCUGAUAUCGCUCAUCAUAGUUUUCACAAUCGUAUUCGCUUGGUAUCCAAGCACAUUGCUCGGCACAAGCGGACCCACUGUACUAGAAAGUGCUUUCUAUUUGGCUGUGGGACGUGUGGCAUGGCCUUUGGCUUUAUGUUGGAUGGUAUACGCUUGUAUAAAUGGCUAUGGCGGACCAAUUAACGUCUUUCUGUCGUGGUCGCUCUGGCAACCGAUUUCAAAACUUUCGUACAGCAUGUACAUUUGGCAUUUGAUUGUGAUUACAAUUAAUGCAUCGCGCAUCAAAACCAAUACAUACUUUUCGGAUUAUGAUGUGAUAUUGAGCUUUUGGAGUAAUUUUAGUAUUACACUAUUGGUAUCCAUUUGCGUGUAUUUGGCUGUUGAAGCGCCAAUUGUUGAUAUUGAAAGUUACUUGUUGCCACGUAAAGCGGCAAUGGUCAGCAGGCAACAAACAACGCCGGCUCCAGCAGCAACAAUAUCACAACAAAAUUUACGUGAUUAAUAUCAGCUAUACAAAGAGAAGG